AUGAGAACCCUCAGCAACCUCAGAACCCUCUGCAACCUCAGAACCCUCAGCAACCCCAGAACCCUCAGCAACCUCAGAAUCCUCACCCUCAGCAACCUCAAAACCCUCAGCAAUCUCAGCAACAUCAGAAUCCUCAUCUUCAGCAACCUCAGAACCCUCACCCUCAGCAACCUCAGAACCCUUACCCUCAGCAACCUCAGAACCCUCACUCUCAGCAACCUCAGAACCCUUACCCUCAGCAACCUCAGAACCCUUACCCUCAGCAACCUCAGAACCCUUACCCUCAGCAACCUCAGAACCCUCACCCUCAGCAACCCCAGAACCCUCAGCAACCUCAGAACCCUCGCCCUCAGCAACCCCAGAACCCUCAGCAACCUCAGAUCCCUUAUCCUCAGCAACCUCAUAACCCUAAGCAACCUCAAAACCCUUACCCUCAGCAACCUCAGAACCCUUACCUUCAGCAACCUCAGAACUCUCAGCAACCUCAGAACCCCCUGCAACAAUCCCCAGCAACCUCAGAACCCCCAGCAACGUCAACUUCAGAACCCCCUGCAAUUGCCAUAUGAUGCUUCACAGCCUCAGUACCCUUCAUACCCUAAACCCCAAAUGCCUACAAAAAAUCAGUAUCCUCAGCCACAGACACCUGUUAAGCCUCAGUAUCCUGAGAUUCCACAAGACUCUGUGAUUCCCAGCACUAAAGGUUGUGAUGUGCCACCAGCCUCAAGAGUACCAUGUGGAGCUCCAGACAUCACUGCCACUGAAUGUGAGGCCAGAGAUUGUUGCUUUCAACAAUCUCUGGCCUUUCAAGGCCAGUCUUGCUACUUUGGAAAAGGAGUGACAGUCCAGUGUACCAAGGAUGGCCAAUUUAUUGUUGUUGUAGCCAAAGACGUCACCCUGCCCCACAUUGACCUUGAAACAAUCUCACUGUGGGGAGCAGGUCCAGGCUGCACACACGUUGACUCCAAUUCCAUUUUUGCUAUCUAUUUCUUUCCUGUUACUGCCUGUGGCACUGUUGUCAUGGAGGAGCCUGGAGUUAUAAUCUAUGAGAACAGUAUGACAUCUUCCUAUGAAGUGGGUGUUGGACCUCUUGGAGCCAUUACCAGGGACAGCAGCUAUGAAUUACUCUUCCAGUGUAGGUACAUUGGCACCUCAGUUGAAACUCUGGUGGUCGAAGUUCUGCUGUGGGAUAAUCCUCCUCUGCCAAUUGCUGUUGGUCUUGGACCCAUCAGAGUGGGUCUGAAGUUGGGCAAUGGCCAAUGCAUUACAAAGGGUUGCAACGAUGUGAAUGCAGCCUACACCUCUUACUAUCAGGACUCAGACUAUCCUGUUGGCAAAGUACUGAGGGAUCCAGUGUAUGUGGAAGUUCAGCUGCUUAACAAGACAGAUCCCACACUCGUUCUGACUCUUGGACGCUGUUGGGCAACUACAGGCCCCAACCCUCAUAGCCUGCCACAGUGGGACAUUCUGAUUAAUGGGUAA